GUGGAUGUGUGCUUUGACACAUAAACUGCAGUGCCUAAAUUUGACCACAAGAUGUUAUUAUGCACAUUUAAAGGAUCUGAAAUCAACAAUUAACCGGUCUUCCCCAAAUCUCAAGAUCCUAAUAAAUGUUGUAGUCCAUAGUGGUCAGCUCUGAGUCACGAACAGAUCUGCUGCUUCUGGUAAAUAGCAGGGAAUAAAGAGGGCAUUGUGUUUCUCUGCUCAAUGAAAGAUGUUUUCAAUAUUUGUCCCAAGACCAUCUAACACAGUGGUGUCCAACCCUGGUGGUGGUGGUGGUGGUGGGGAGGAUUGGGGUGAUAUUUGUGAAUAUUUGAAGAUUAAAAAUAAACAGGACCUGAGGCGUUCAGACAGCCGAUGUGGACUCAGCUGCACCACUUUGGGGGCAAAAUUCUUUUAUAUCCACCAGAAGCUCAGUGGCUAUUUAAACGUCCAAUAGUCUCAUGGUUCUGACUAAUCAAACUGUCAAAUAUUACUAAAUGAAGAUCUACCCCAACUUCAGAAGGGUUCUAAAUUUGAUCCAUAUCUGCGAGGGUUCUCCGGAUACUAUUUUAUCACUUGAUGCAGAGAAGGGAUUAGACUGAAUAAAAUGGCUACACUUACUUGAGAUGCUUAGGCAUUUGGGUUUUGGAGAGUAUUUUAGAUGAUGGACUGAGAUUUUAUUAGCCAAUUCCUCUGCAAAAAUAUCUACUAACGAACUUGUCUCUCAGCCGUUUGAAUUAACUUGAGUACAGGAUCACCUAUCUCUCCACUACUUUUUAUAAUAGCAAAGGAGCCUCUGGCGAUAUUAGAUCUCACUCCAGGAUUAAAAUUAUGAGGAUGGAACACAAAAUAGCAAUGUAUGCAGACAAUACCAUACUGUUUUAUCACAUCUUUCAGAAUCAAUACCAUCUGUAAGGGAGUUAGCGUCUCAUUUUGGCAGUUUUUCCGGAUUCAAAGUGAAUUAAGAAAAUUCCUUCAUCCUGUUCCUUAGUGAACAAGAAAGACUGAUGUGGUGUCUCAUCCAUUUGUAAGUAUUUAAUUAGUCGGGCACUAAAAUUACCCCAAAGAUUAACUAUCUCAGUUUGGCCAGUUAUGUUUAUUGAGCUAUCAGAAUUUACUUCCAGAAGAACUACAACAGAGGUGUGACCAAGUCACUGCUUUGCAAGUCACAAGUAAGUCACAAAUCUUUUCAGUCAAGUCUCGAGUCAAAUCCAAGUCAAAGACAACCAAGCCCAAGUCGAGUCCAAAGUCAGCGAUGAGGACGUCCAUGUCAAGUCCAAGACCUUAACUUUGAAUUUUCAAGUCAUAAUCAAGUCAUCUGUCCAACUUCAAUUUAAUGACAAUGAUAAUAAAUAAAUUCAAGAAAUAAAGCUUCUUAAAGCUUCAUUUAUUUGCUCAAACAAGCAGAAAGUGCAACUGAAACUGAUUAUAAACAAAGUGCUGCUGAAAGUUAGGAUUAAAAAGGGACAUUUCAUUUACUUAUCUGACUGGAUUUAAAACUUCCAUCAUGUUUACAGGGACUCGGGUCGUAAUCUGAACACAGACUCAGUGAUUCUUCUGCUGCCACUGUCAGUGGAGGAGAACCUUAGUCCAAGUAGUAAUAGACUCCCCUGCUGCUUGAUGCAGACAAACAAAAACCGCUGGAAGCCUCUUUCUGCUCUGAGAUCCACAGUGUCACCCACGCCCAAACAAAUCAUCACCCUGUCAGCUGUGUGAGGCCGAGUUAAAGUGGCACCGCCCUGAGUGAUGCCACCACUGCUCUCUCUUUUUACUGGACACAUUCGCUCCCCUCAGAUUCACCAUCACAUCCUAAAGCUCAUCUCUCAGACUCUGCCGUGGAAGAAAGUUGUCAUCGCAGUCACAGACAUCGCCAUGUUUUUGAUUCUUAUCAUAGCAGUUACCCUGAUGGUUCAAAACGCCAAGGCCGAUGCUCGUUAUGAGAUGAUGGGAACCUGCCGUAUGAUCUGUGACCCUUACAAUCGCAAAUUGAGUGCUACUGAAGUCCUGCAGGACCUGACCUCUGUUCCAUCAACUGCCUUUGUACAAGAGACAAAAGGUGAAACGGGUCAACCAGGAAAACCUGGGCCAAGAGGGCCACCAGGAGAACGAGGACCACCUGGUCCAAGAGGGCUGCCAGGUCACAGAGGAGACUCUGUCAAGGUGGGAAAUCCGGGAAUAUUAGGCACAAAACUGGAUGAAACUGGCGAAGAGCUGAGCGUUGGUGCUCAAGGAACAAGAAUCGCCUUUUAUGUGGGUCUGAAAAACCCCCACGAAGGAUAUGAAGUGUUGCAUUUUGAUGAUGUUGUCACAAAUUUGGGAAAUAGCUAUGACCUGGCAACUGGAAAGUUUACAUGCAAGGUGUCUGGGAUUUAUUUUUUCACCUAUCAGGUGUUGAUGCGCGGAGGAGAUGGAACAAGCAUGUGGGCAGAUUUAUGCAAAAAUGGACAGGUCCGAGCCAGUGCCAUUGCACAGGAUGCUGACCAGAACUACGACUCUGCCAGCAACAGCGUCGUCCUGUAUCUGGAUUCUGGGGAUGAGAUUUAUGUCAAACUGGAUGGUGGGAAAGCGCAUGGUGGGAACAACAACAAAUACAGCACCUUUUCUGGUUUUCUUUUAUACCCAGACUAAUGUUGAACAUUAGAUUGAGUCCUCCGCAGAGGAAGACUUCAGCUUCACUGUUAAAGUAUAAUCCAACUAAAGUAUUUAGUUACUUAAAAAAAAGACUUUAGUUGGAUGACGUGUCAUCUAAAUAGCAUCAGACAAAAAGUUCACGGGAAAAAGUUUAUCAGUAAGAAGGGCCUAAGGAAAAAGGUUGUUUUGCCUGUUAAACUUUUGUCUGACAGACUUUUUCCUGACCUUCUUUUCAGAUCCCUCUGUGUCUAAUGGCAUCAGAAGUCCGAUGUCUGACACAUGAGGAUGUCCUAACAUAUAUACCAUACAGCUAGUUGGAGUCUUCAUUUGGUACCAUUCGAGUACAUUUGAAAUUUUGGCAAGGCAUUUUAUGGCAGGCUGGGUCACAAAGAGCUGAUGCUGUAGAUGUAAGAAAAUCCUGACUGUUGUCCAAUUUUUCAUCAGUUAUAUAUUUUAACCGUUUAAAAUUGUAGCAACCUGAACAACACCUAAAACCAGUUUCCCCGAGAAAUGUAAUUUUGUUGUUUUUGAAAUAAGAUCAGCCACUCCAACCCCUCCCUUCCGCCAGAUGCGUGAGAGGUGUGUGACAUAAUAAAGACGUUUUACCCACAACAGGCAGCGUUUCAGAUGUGAAACAGCAUUCCACACAGCUGGUCCCAUGAGGUCACAAAAUCACGGGAGAAUUACAACUCUGCACGUGAUUUUGGGAAUCCACGUAAUAACAAGCAAGGAGAAAAUCUGCAUGGCUGCAUGUAUCCAAAAAGGUCUAUGGUUAAUUUCUGUUCCUUGUCUAUGGUAGAUCUCCUCGUGUGAUUCUGGCUCUUGGUACUGGACUCGAUACAUUUCUGUAACAUGGAAAACAGUCACAAGGAUACUUUGGGCUAAAACAACAAAUAAAACUUUCUAAUUUUAUUCUGACACAAAAUUCCUAAUGUUUUUACCACCAGGGAGUAAGCACACACACAGGGAAUGUCCACUACUCUAUUUUGUCAAAUGCAUUUAGCACAGCUUUAUGCAAGAGCAGGCAAACAGCUCAACAUGACAUCUGACUGGUUAGUAAUCAACUUCAAAAGCAACAGUAGUAAAAUCAGAACUGAAUACUCACAUUCAUCUGAGAGCUGAAACCCUCAACUUUUGUUAGGAAUCUUUCAUUGGGUGGAUGGAGAGAAAAGGCUCAUAAAAUCUUGAUCAUGGACGUUCACUUUCUUCUUCUGCUGGUUCUGCCAGGCGGCCAUCCUUUCUGUCCCGAGGUCCAACUGA